ACUGAGAGAGGCACGAGGUGCUUUGUGCCAGAGCUCUGCAGACCCCCACGCAGCUGGAGAGCAUUCUCUCCCCCAGUGCAGGCCUGGGGCAUUCAAAACACGCCCAGAGAUGCAGGACCACUAUUGCUAAGCUCUCCGGCUUCUUUCCCUCCUCCUUAAUAAUUUACCCGGCUUAUCUUCCAGGGGGACAGAGGACAGUGGCAUCGCUGUCGCUUGCUUUUCUCAUGAAAUUCCCUUGAGAUUCCCCGAGGACGCUCCCACUACAAGGUCACUUGGCUUUUGAGAAUCAUCUCCGGUUCUACACAGCCUGUCCCAAGCCCCAGACAUGCGGACAUGGCCGGGAUGGACCUCCAGGUUGGUGAAGGCCACCCUGGCUGUAACACAUUUGUUCCCCAAGGCCCACAAGGGGAUGAAGAAUUCAGUAGGAAGGGAAGCGAUUGCGUGGAGUUUGAAGACACACGAGCCUUGGAAACUGCAGGCCUCCCAUGUUUAUCUCCCAUGGAUCCUUGUGGCUCUCAGGAGGGCCAGUCUCCAUGCCACGAGUUGACAGUGAGGGUCAUCCGGAUGAGAAACGUGCGGCAGGCCGACAUAGUGAGCCAGCCCGAUUGCUUUGUCAGCCUCUGGCUGCCCACCGCCUCUCAGGAGAAGUGGAGGACCAGAACCAUCUCCAACUGCCCUAACCCAGAGUGGAAUGAGAGCUUCAGCUUCCAGAUCCAGACCCAAGUGAAGAAUGUGCUGGAACUGAGCGUCUGUGACGAUGACUCGGUGACCCCAGACGACCAUCUCUUGACAGUUCUCUACGACCUCGCCAAGCUCUGCAACCGGAAGAAAACCCACGUGAAGUUCCCCCUGAACCCGGAGGGCAUGGAAGAGUUGGAGGUAGAGUUCCUGCUGGCCGAGAGUCCCUACCCACCCGAGACCCUCAUCACCAAUGGCGUGCUGGUGUCCCGACAAGUCUCCUGCCUGGAGGUGCAUGCCGAAUCCAGGAAGCUGCAGAAGAGGAAGAAAAAGAAAGAUCUCUUGGUGACAGUGACAGAAUCCUUCGAGAGCACCCAGCGCAUCUCGCCUGGCUCGGCUGCCGGGGGCGUCCCCAGCUCUGCCUGCUUCCACUACCCCAAGUACUCCCAGCCCCGGCUGCACGUGGACCCGCCCCAGAGACCCUGGAGCUGUGGGCUCUGCUGCUGCUGUGCCCACAAGCACAGCCCGGUCUGCCAGCCCCUGCAUUGUCUCUCUGAGGAGACAGUGACACUUCCUGUGAGCGAGAACUGUGAAUUACACCUGAAAUCCACAGACUGCCCUGACUCGCUGGACGUGCGGCUGGGCUUCGGCCUGUGCGCGGCGGAGCUGGAGUUCCAGCAGAAGCGGCGGCGGGUGGUGGCCGAGGCGCUGAAGCAGGUCCUGCAGCUGGAGGAGGACCUGCGGGACGACGAGGUACCGAACAUCUCCAUCAUGGCCACUGGGGGUGGAGCGCGGUCCAUGACGGCCAUGUAUGGCCACCUGCUGGGGCUUCAGAAACUGAACCUCCUCAACUGUACCACUUACAUCUCCGGCCUGUCUGGGGCCACCUGGACCAUGGCCACCCUGUACAGUGACCCUGAGUGGUCCUCCAGAAACCUGGAGCCUGCUAUCUUCGAGGCCCGGAGACACUCAGUCAAAGACAAAUUGCCCGCCCUGUUUCCAGACCAGCUUUGUAAAUUUCGAGAGGAGCUGCGGCAGCACCAACAGUCGGGCUACAAGGUCACCUUGACAGACUUCUGGGGCCUGCUGAUUGAGUACAGUCUGGGGGACAAGAAAAAUGAAUGCAAACUGUCCCAGCAGCGUGCUGCUCUGUGUCGGGGCCAGAAUCCUCUGCCCAUCUACAUGACCAUCAAUGUCAAGGAUGAUGUAAGCGACCAGGAUUUCAGAGAGUGGUGCGAGUUCACGCCCUACGAGGUGGGCUUGCAGAAAUACGGGGCCUAUGUCCCCACUGAGCUCUUCGGCUCUGAGUUCUUCAUGGGACGGCUGAGGAAGAGGAUCCCCGAGUCCCCCAUGUGCUUCCUGCUAGGUCUGUGGAGCAGUAUCUUCUCCCUGAACCUGCUGGAUGCCUGGAAUCUGUCCCACACCUCGGAGGAGUUUUUCCACAGGUGGACGAGAGAGAAAAUGCAUGACAUUGAAGAUGAGCCCAUCCUGCCUGAAAUCCCUAGAUGUGACACUGACAACCUGGAGACCACAGUAAUAGUCCCGGGGUCAUGGCUGUCCAAUACGUUCCGGGACAUCCUCACACAUCGGCCCUUGGUGUCUGAGUAUCACAACUUUCUUAAUGGGCUGCAGCUGCACACCAACUACCUUCAGGAUGGCCAGUUCUCCAUGUGGAAAGACACAGUGCUGGACAACUUUCCAAACCAGUUGACACAGUUUUCCAAACACCUGUGUCUGCAAGACACGGCCUUCUUCAUCAACUCCAGCUACGCGCCCCUGCUCAGGCCGGAGAGAAAGGCUGACCUCAUCAUCCACCUGGGCUACAGCGCGGGCUCCCAGACAAAGCCCCUGAAACAGACCUGCGAGUACUGCGUGGAGCAGAGCAUCCCCUUCCCCAGCUACCAGUUCCAGGAAGGCGACGACCAACACUUAGAGGAGUGCUACGUGCUGGACCAGCCGCACGAGCCCACGGCCCCCAUCGUGGCCUUCUUCCCACUCAUCAACGACACCUUCCAAAAGUACAAAGCACCAGGUGUGGAGCGGAGUCCUGAGGAGCUGGAGCUGGGCCAACUUAACAUCUAUGGCCCCAAAUCUCCAUACUCCACCAAGGAGCUGACCUACACUGAGGCCGCCUUCGACAAGCUGAUGAAGCUCUCAGAAUACAACAUCCUGAAUAACAAAGACAAGCUCCUCCAGGCGCUGCGAAUGGCGGUGGAGAGGAAGAAACGCCUGAAGAACCCGUGUCCUCCCUAGGUUCCGGAAGGCCCGUCCACCCCGUGGUCCUGUCAGAGGCGCUGGCCUUGCGCACGCGCCCAGUGGCCGUGGGGCUGGCCAGGGUACAGGCCUGGCUUUCCUAGCAAAAGGUUAAAAUUUCCAAGGGGAAUGAGACAAAGGGAAGGGAGGCCUCUGGUGGGGUUUGUGUCACUACAGGGAGGGGGUCCGGUGGAUGCAAAAUGUGCAUUGCAAAAGAGACCCCAGACUCAGAGGUUGAUGUGGGGGUCCCCCAGCUCUCCCCUCUGCACCCCCUUCCUCCUUGGCCAGCCUAAGGGGAGUAUGCAGGAAGACUGCAGAACACUGGGUUUCUCAGGAAAAACAAAAAACUUAAAAGUUCUGAAGUACUUGUGUUCUUAGGCUCGGGUCUCAGCGCCCAGCACCAGGGAAGCAGCAGACAAUGCCAGAUCUGCAGCCCGGGCUCCCAGAUUCAGGGGCUGGGAUGCAGGGCCGGUGACCUGGUUGGGGGGAGGGGGGAGCCACUGCAGCAGCCCCUCUCAGUGGACCUGCCACUGCCCCCCAGGCUCCCGGGGGAGUUAUUUAUUCCUAAGUACGAUUCCUCUUAUGUAUCACAACCAUGCCACGGCUCAGCUCUUGUACGUGACUCGGGGUGAAGCUACAAAGGAAGGACUGGAAAGCAGCGGGCCCAAGGAGAACCUCUGCAGGCCCGGGAGGUGCGGCCCUCGUCCUGAGAAGCAUGCUCCCCAAACUGUCCUUUGGUUGCUGGGAGAUGACGAACCCAGGCACCCAAAGUUUAGCAAAAGCAGGUGCCUGCGUACAUCCUUGCUACUCAGAGUGCGGCGGGGAAUCGCUGAGAAGCAGGCUCCGGGCCACGCGGAUGGAUGCCGUGGGCUCUGGAGGGACACCGGGGCAGGAGCCCUGUGCAAGACCUGUCGUCAGGUGGAGGUGGCCAGGCCUCGGCCCCAUCCGAGCACAAAAUGAAGUCGAUUGAGUCAUUGUGUCACUUGAGCAAGCAAUAAAAUAGCCAUGUGGGUAAAUGUU